CCCACAAAGCCUUCCCAUAUAUCAAACAUUUAUUUGAAGGGGGGGAAAUCAACAGGAAAAAAAUCAGCAAAACUGAUGAAUACAUGGAAAAAGUCUUAAACUAUGCGAAAUGUACAACGACCCACAGAGGACUUCCCACCUCCACAAAGGUGUGGGGUGGGGGUGUCUUCUGAUAUUCUUGCUUUGUUUUGUUUUAUAGUUUUGCAACAUUCACUUCUGAUUGUUUUUCAGACAGUCUUUCCGUUUACAUUGUUUUAAGUCAUUGUGUAGACAGUGAGGUCCCAAUUUGUGCUAAUAGGAAAUUCCCUUUAAGUGGUCUCAUUAUUCGAACUGGCACAGCAUAAUUCCAUUGGGCUGGAACCAGGUACCAUAUUUUACAUAAUUAUAACUUCAAAUAGUGUUAAUUCGAAUACCUGAACUGUUUUUCUAGGCUCAAAAGUAGGUGAUAAUUGAAGAUAACAGCAGAAAAAAGGAGGGUGGGGCAGGUACUAACCUAGUCUUAAGUGAGAAGCCAGUUUCACUUGCCACCCUCAAAUCCCUCCCUGCCCGCCCCACCAAGACCUGUGGGAAGCCAUCUUGAACCUUGCCUCUCCAAGGAAACUACAGCUCCCAGAAUUCCGUGCGUCACGAGCGUAGUGCUGGCACGGGGCGUGGGCAGGAGCCAUCUUAGUUGCUGGCCGGGCCUCGAAGCUGGGCCAGUCGGCCAGGCGCCAUCUUUGAGGCUGGCAGCCCGGAGGGUCCGUGGCUGCUGCCCGAGGAACGAAAAGCAGUGGCGGCAGCGACGGCGACAGACCCUGGCAGCGGAUGAAGGAAAGAGUCGAGGCCGCGGCGGAAGCGGUGAAGAGCGACUCCAGCCCGGUCAAGUUACGUUUUCAGGUUUGGGGAUAUUCCCUGCUCAAAAAAGUCCUGGAAAAUUGACUAGUGUUGUGUGAGUAAAAGGUGUCCACAUUUUAUUUUCAAAUUCUAAGUAACAUUUAAUUUUUGUUUUGUCUUGGGUAGAAUUUGACAAGAUUUAGCCUAGAGGUUGUGCAACUUUUAUAAGAAUCAAAAUUCCUUUUAAGUUUUGGGGGCUGGUUUAAAAAUCUAGAAUAAACCUUAAAAAUAACAAUGUUUUUAUUUAAACUUUUUUGUUAUAACAUGUCAGCAUCGUUUCAAAAUUGAAAGUCUGAACACCUCACUAACCUGAAUAGACAGGCUGUUAUAAAUUCCUUAUUGGUAGUCAGUAGCUUAAAAAAUUUGAAACAGCUGCUCAAGCAAACCUUUGCAUGACUAAUACUUAAUGCCUUGCUAGCAGAAUUGGUAUUGAUUUAAAGGAAAUGUUGUCUUUCCCCAAAUGUUAACCUCCCUAUGUUUUCUAUAAUUGUGUUCAGAAUGGCUUCUCUGCUUCUCUGCCAUUAUAGUUUGUUGUACCAUUCAGUUGUCACUACUCUGAUCAUUUCCAUCUAUUUUGGUUAAAAAUCGUGUGGAAACUUUGAUGUUAUACAUGCAUCCAUACUAUACACAUUCAUAUGUGUACGGAUAUUAUUUCAUCAACAUUUGUGGGCUGGUGCAAGAUUUCAGCCUUUUUAAAAGAUACCUUGAUUCUGAGUUUUUAUCAUUGUUUUUUUUAAAAUGCAGUCAAACCUAAAGAUUUUUAUUAUGUAUUUUAAAGAUGAAAAAUUACUCAAAUGCUUUGGUUAUGCACAUUUGUGUAUAUGUGUUUGUGUGUAUAAACCAAUUUGUAUAUAUGUAUAUGCUUAUAUACAUAUACACACAUACCUAUACCUUUACAUACACAUGUAUUUUCAGUAUACAGAUAAUAAAGAUGGGGGAAGGUUUCUGUUUUUUCUUAAUAGGUGAAGAAAUCUUGAAGACCAGAAUUGGAUAUUAUUCAAUUUUUUGUUUUUGUUUUUAAAAAAAAAAAUAAAUUGUCCGGCUGUGGAAGAUGGAUUUUUUUUUGUAGCCCUUUGAAUUUCAAGUUCAUCUUUAAAUGAACUAUUUUUUUUUUGGAAGAGAUAACUAACCCUGGCUGUCUCCAUUCUGAGAGAGGUUAUUCGAAUGGACUUAUUCUUCCAGUAGUUGGGAGAUGUUUAAAAAGCACAGCCUGUGUUUGAAUUGUGGCUGAGAGGUGUUUCCUUGGCAAUGUGAGGAGGAAAAUUCUUUCUGCCCCUUUAUUAUUAAUUCAUGGAUUGAGUGUUGGUUCGACCUACAGGAGUAAUAAAUUGGAAUUCAUUGAAGACAGACGAUCCUAUUGAGGUCACCCAGCUAAUGUAACGUUUUACAGAAGAUUUCAGUGGUUGAAUUGCCUGUGGAAGAUUGAGACCAUUUGAAAAAGGGUUGGAACCUGGUUCUCUUCUAGAGAAGUAGUGGCUUGUUUUCAAGCCCCUGCACUUGAUCUAAGGAUCUGGCCAGCAUGUCUAAUCAAGGAGAAGACUGCUACUUUUUUUUCUAUUCUACAUGUACCAAGGGAGAUAGCUGCCCAUUCCGGCACUGUGAAGCUGCCCUAGGAAACGAGACUGUUUGCACACUGUGGCAGGAAGGGCGCUGUUUUCGACAGGUCUGCAGGUUCCGACACAUGGAAAUUGAUAAAAAGCGGAGUGAGAUUCCAUGCUACUGGGAAAACCAGCCAAUGGGAUGUCAAAAAUUAAAUUGUGCAUUUCAUCACAAUAGAGGACGCUAUGUUGAAGGCCUUUUCCUACCUCCAAGUAAAACUAUUUUACCCAUUGUGCCUGAAUCACCAGAUGAAGAGGUGAAAACUAGUCAGCUUUCAAUGCAGCAGAAUAAACUGUCUGUCCCGUCCAACCCCUCCCCCCAGCUUCGGGGUGUAAUGAAAGUGGAAAGUUCAGAAAACGUUCCUAGUCCCACACAUCCUCCAGUUGUAAUCAAUGCUGCAGAUGAUGAUGAAGAUGACGAUGAUCAGUUUUCUGAGGAAGGAGAUGAAACUAAAACACCUAUUCUGCAACCAAGUCCUGAAGUUCAUAACGGAUUACGUAUAACUGGUGCCCGGAAACCCGGGGUCAGCUUAAAGCAAGGUGAUAGUUUGAAUUUUGGAAUAAAAACUCUUGAAGAAAUCAAGUCAAAGAAAAUGAAGGAAAAAUCUAAAAAGCAAGGAGAAGGGCCUUCAGGAGCAUCUGCUCACUUACUUCAAGCUCAACCCAUUCCAGGUCCUGAGAAAGAGAAUGUCAGAACUGUGGUGAGGACAGUGACUCUGUCUAACAAACAAGGGGAAGAGCCCUUAGUACGAUUGAGUCUUACAGAAAGGCUGGGGAAGCGGAAGCUCUCAAGUAUUGACAGUGACCCUCCACUGAAACGAAGCCUUGCGCAAAGGCUUGGUAAGAAAAUUGAGUCUCCAGAAAUGAAUACUGACAAAACACCAAAGAAAGUUCAAGUUUCUAAGUCUCUGAAGGAGAGAUUAGGAAUGCCAGCUGAUCUAAACAGUAUGGAGACAACAGAACGAUCUGCUAAAGGUGGAGAGAUCCAUGUGAAGACACUAGAAGAAAUACGUCUCGAGAGAGCCAGCCAAAAACGAGGAGACUUGCAAACCAAAAUCAAGAAUGAAGGGCCUUAUAAGACAGAAGAUUCCAAUUUAGGGAUGAAGAGCUCUUCUGCUAUCCGAAUCAAAACAUUUUCUGAGGUUCUGGCUGAAAAGAAACACCGGCAGCAGGAAGAAGAGAGACAGAAAGCUGAGAAGGAAAACCCUUCUGUUAAGCUCAGAAUAGAGAGUGAGUCUAAAAAACCAGUAAUCUUGCCUCCCACUGCUGUCAGCAAAGGGCAAUUGGAAGAGCCUGCAAGUAAAACAAAGCCCAUGCAGGAAGUACACAUAAAAACCCUGGAGGAGAUCAAACAGGAAAAGGCAUUGAGGGUUCAACAGAGUGCUGAGAACAGCACCAACUCCCAGCCACAGCCUGAGACAACUCCAGUCAUAAGACGACUGCUCCGCAUCACUAAAAGAACAGGUAUAAAAGAAGAGAAGAAACUUACUGAAGCAGGUGAAACCACAUCUCGACUUGGUGUUAAUCGAACAGAGGCUGUUGAGGUUUUUUCACAGCCUUCAGAUGAGACCACAGGAGAUGGCAUUUCCAAAGUUCAAGUCAAGAAAUUUGAGGAUAUCAUGAGAGAGAAGCGAAUUCAGAAACAGCAAGAGGUGGAGAUACUACAGAAGGAGAAAACUGUCUUGACCCCCCUUCAGGAAGAAGCAGCACCUAGUAACACCCAAAUGGCAGAGAAAUCAGAACUAAUUGCUCUGCCAGGGAUCACCCGCCAGCAGACAAAGCGCAUGCCAAUGAAAGCCCAGCAAGUAGAGGUAGAAACUUCAGGAAUUGGGGAUUCAAUACUGAAUGUGAAAUGUGCAGCACAGCCCUUGGAAAAAAGGGGUAAAGCCAAGCCCAAGGUUAAUGUCAAGCCAUCUGUGGUUAAAGUCAUUUCAGCCCCUAAAUUGGCCACCAAACGCAAGGCGGCUGAAGUCCACCCUGCUGUCAUUGCAGCUGUAAAGCCACUCAGUUCGAGCUGUAUUCUUCAGGAAAACCCAAGCAAAAAAGCAGCUGUGGCUGCUGUUCCAGUUCUCUCUGAAGACAAACCAGUCACUGUGUCUGAGACAGAAAAAACCCCAAACAGUCUUGAUCUGCCUCCAAGUCAAGCUUCUUCUGAUCCCCUGCCACCAGAAGUAUCUAGUCCUUCUUCAUCUCAAGUGGUGACAAAAAGCCGCCGGCUCAGUUCUGCCUCUUCAGGGAAACCCCCCCUUUCUGUGGAGGAUGAUUUUGAGAAACUCAUCUGGGAGAUCUCAGGAGGCAAAUUGGAAGCAGAAAUUGACCUAGAUCCUGGAAAGGAUGAAGAUGACCUUCUACUUGAGCUAUCAGAAAUGAUUGAUAGCUGAAAGUGGUGACAAAAUCACUUUUUAAAAAACUCACAAAAAAACCCCCUGGAUUUUGUUUCAUCUAUUAUAACAUUUGCCUGAGGUGACUAUUUCUCUAGGCCAGGAUUUGCCCCAAUCAGAAGCAUACCUCAGAAGUAUCUACACUUGUUUGGGCCUCCUGUGGUUCAAAUUAAAGAGAAGGCCUUUGGGCAGCCAUCCUGUCUAUUGUUGUUUAGAUUUGAGAUAAAGUUCCUUAUCUCACCCACCCCCUGUUCCCUCCUUCUCCCACUUAAAAAAGAGAGAGAGAGAGAGAGAGAGAGAGUGAGAGAGAGAAAGUAGAGAUGAGAUUGGGUUUGGGGGGCAUAAAGGAGCUUAAAGCUUUAAGGUCUAUGUUUGUUAAUUCUGGCUUUUUUCUUUGGGUCUUCUUUGUUGUGUGUAUGAACGGAAACGUGAAAGGUUAUUGGAGUUUGAAAAAGAUGAAGACAGCUGCUACUACUCUUAAGGACCAAAUUUCAUGCUGCCACUGAGCAAAAUACACUCAGCUUUUGUUACAUUGUCUGUCCUUCUACAAUGUAUUUAAACUGUUAACAUAGCUUUAGAGAGGGCUAAACAGCUACAGGGAGCAAACCAGAAUAACAUGGACAGUUCUUCUAGGUCUGAGUUUUGGUGCUUCUGCUACUCUGAAGGCUUCUAACUAGCAACAGCUUAUUUAUUACUACUGUAAUUUUAAGAGAUUUUUUUUUUGCUUGAAAGUGCCUCGGUGGUCCCAAGAACUACUGUGUUGCUGGGAUCCCCUGGUUUCUUCACAAGAAGUGAUAUGAUUAGAAGAACCCUCUUCUCAGCAUGAAAGUUCCCUCCCCUAAGUAUUCUUCCCUCUCCAAUACUUUUCUACCACCACUGGCAUUGAAUCCCCAGGACUUGUGUGAAGGGUUAUGUUUUUAUGUUUUUUUAAAUCUCUCCUGCUGCAGUUCCAGCAAAUUCUCUUGCCCAGGAUUUCUCUACCCUUAACCACCUAGAAAGGAAGCCAAAUCAGCUGCUGAUUUUCAUAUGUGAACUAUAGCAAUACACUGAACCCCACUGUAACAGGGAUGUUGAGAUGCUUUGGAGGUGUAUUGUGUACCUUCCAUUUUUGUAGAUGAUUUUUUCUUACUAUUUCUCGAUUUUUUUGUUGUUGUUCUUGACGUCCUCUCCACAUCCCCUCAAGGGUUUUAGACUUAUGCUAGAAUAAGCCUAUUCCAGGCUUGUGUUCUCAGAAGGAGAUAUAUUGCAUUGUAAAUAUUUGUGUUCAUAUGGUAUUUUGAAGAAAGGAAAAAAAUACUUGUCCAUUUUUAUAAUUCAUUGUAGGUGGUAUCUUGGUUCCCACAGGGAAAAUUGACCCACCUGUCAUAUUGGCUCCUAAGGAACUGCUGUUGUAGGCGGCUCAUCAAAAGGAGAACUUCAUGUAAUCUCAUGGGAAGGUGGAGAAUGCCACAGGACUAACCAUUUGGCCUUGUUACAAACAGAAAUAACUUGAGAAAUUUAUAUAUUUAAAAAAGAUAAAUACAACCCCCACCCCUCCCUCUGCAAUUGAAAGUAUUUGUUGUAUGAGGACCCUUCCCCAAGGCCAAGCAUGGAAUGUUCUGGUUCCAUUACUGAUUGCCUCCUCCCCCUUCCCUUUCCCCAUUUCAUUCUUGAGAUCUGCACCAAGGUCUCUAAUCCCUUUUGUAAAUAACCAUUUUAUUCUUUUCAUUUUUUAUGAUUUUGUUUGUAUCCUAUUUAAAGCACUUGUAUUAUUAAUCUGUGUCUGAAUCAUUCAUGUUCAGCAUCAUUUGAACCAUUAGUCAUUACAGAGAAAGACAUAUUUGUGUUUUAAAUAAAACUGGUGUAGGAACUUC